CACAUUAUUGUGACAUUAUCACAAUCAGAAAUCACCAAUCAGUAAAUAAUCAGUGAUAAUAGAAAAAAAAGCAUGUAAGUUUUAGAGCCAGAAAACCAGUUGUUCGUGUCUAGUCAAACCAAAAUGUCAACAACGCCACCAUCUAAAUCGUCCUGUAUAUUCUGUAACAUCGCUAACAAACUAGAGGGCACGGAAAUAUUGUAUGAAGACGAUGAAGUGUGCGUUUUUCGUGACAUCAAACCGGCCAGUCGUUUUCAUAUUCUGACUAUACCUAAAAGGCAUAUCGAAGAUGUCAAGAGCUUGACGAGCGCCGACAAGGAACUACUUAACAGAAUGAUGUCCAUAUCGAGAGAGUUGUUGUCUAAGAACAAUUUAAGUAUUGAAGAUGCACGCUUUGGGUAUCACUGGCCACCGUUUCGUUCAGUCAAACAUUUGCAUCUGCAUACUAUAGCACCUGAAUCCGAGAUGGGAUUCAUUGGAAGAGUGAUAUUCAAAAAAAACUCUUAUUGGUUUGUUUCGCCGGAAUAUGUCGCCUCUAUUUUAAUGUGAAGUGUAAUUGGAGUCUAAAUAAAUUAUUUUACCUAAAUUCAACGAGACAGACAUAAUUUUGAUGGUGUCAGUUUAAGGUUUGAAGCCCAAAGCAUAAUAUUAUGAUGUAUCGUAAAAGAAAACGCGUAUAAAGGCGCCUCUCCAUAAUUAAAAGCGACUAUUGCUCUGUGUUGGUGAUAUCUAUCCACUCCAUGACAUACGUGACUACAUGUCAGUAGCGUAAGACUUGAGUCGGAGGAACAUCUAAUUACGUAUAUUUAUUAUUGUUUUUAAUUAGACCAAAAUACAUAUAUUAUUGA